AUGGAUGCAUCAACUAGAAGUCAUAUGACCUUGAAUACACUUGAAAAAGGAUUGCGCUCACGUACGCUGCAUGAGAAGAUGGCUACGAUUGUCAACAUGACGACAUUUCUUCGUGACAAUCCGUUCCCUUUUUUCGUUAAUGCAGCUGUCCUUCGACUUUGUGAAGCAUUUCGUGAUGAAUGCAACGAACUGCGCUUAUGUAUUGUGCGAGUAAUGGGUGAAUGUUCUACUGAACUGAGACUUGUUUUCUCGAAUGAUGAAGUUGCUCGGCGCGUUCUUAAAGUAUCCCAUUCAAAUGAUCCACUUGCUCGCUCACUUACGCUUCAAAUACUCGCUAAGUUAGCUUCUGUUGUGGCGGAAAAUAAACAGGUGCAUCAUUUGGUAGUUACAAGUAUCGAUUCUGAGGAAGCUCAGGAACGAUUGGCAGCCAUUGCGGCGAGUGAAGCAUUUGUUGCUGUUUCCAGAUCAUUUUCGCAAACAGUAUUUGAGAAACUUUGCGUUACGUUUUUGUCGCCACUUGUUUCGCCAGUGACAAAGAUCGGUUUGGUUGGUGUAUUCGCUAACAUGCAAGCUGACGUAGAAAUCAUUAUGAAAGUAUUUGCGCUGGGUGAACGGAUAUUGAAUGAAGCAUACAAUCAACAGUUGAUACUAGCACUUAUCAAAUCGCUCACUACAUUAGCCGUUUCUUGUAAAUUCGCCGUCUCUGAAUUGUUAACAUUACUGAUAGAAAAGCUGAAAAUAUCCAAGGAAAAUCGAACUCUUUGUGUUGCCAUUCUGUACAAUAUUAAACGCUUGUCAUCAGCCUCACAUAUGCUUACGGAAUCUCACAUGCAUGACUUGCUGAGCUUCGGGGACACGUUAACAGACGACUUGAUGCGCGUUUAUUGGUUGGCAACUCUUGUUCGUUUUACGUCACAAAAUAUAUAUAAAAUUACUGCAACGCUUUCAGCUAACAUAGCGCAUUGGACGUAUCUUUUAUCGAGUAGAAAUGCUGAUGUUCGACUUGCGGCUCUGCAUUUAUAUAUCAAUAUAUACAAAUAUAGUCAGGCACCGGAUAUUAUAUCCUCCCUGAAAAGCUCCUUUAUUAUAUCACUGCCAACCAUAAAAUCUCAAGAUUCCGAAAAAUUUUAUCGCCUUUUGACUGCCUUCAUAUGCGACGAUACUUGCCCACGUGAAACUGUGGAUGCAGUAGUGAACACUCUCUUGAACACAGAACUGCCGAAUUUUUCAGCUUUGCAUGUGUUACAAUUCUUAGUAGCAGCUGCAGAAACUCACUCGCAUCUUUAUGCUCGUCUUCGUGCGUGGUCUAUAUCAAAAUUGAAUGAAAAUACAAAUUUAACGAAAUUGACUCUCUUUUCGUGCUUAGUAUAUGCUCCAUUGAGCGACGUAACCGGACUCCCCAAAAAUCACUUAGAUUUUUGGGGAAAUGAUCCAUGGGUUCUUUAUCUAGUUGCUCGGUCUGCUAUGCGAAACGGACAUUGGAAGUCGGUUGCUCUUCCUAUACUGGACGUAAUUCAUAAAAAGGUAAAAUCAUUCCAAACCAGAAUGUGGCUAAUAGCUUUACGAGAUAUCUGUCGUGCGUCACUUUCUGAAUUCACAGUUUUUUCUUUGGAAAAGUCUAUUGAAAAUCUCAAUAGUGCUCGAUUAUCACUUUCUGCCUUGUGCUCAUCUCGAGAAUCCCUAUGUUAUUUCAUGUUCCCAUUGCGAUUUGUGGAUGGCUUGUGCAGUAUGUACGCAGUUCUACGCAGUUUUUUGGUUGUUGUAAAUACAAAUUUAUCUCUUAAUGAUAAACCAGCUCCUUAUGUUGUGAAGAAAAUUUCAAUUCGUUUGCAAGCUUGUGCAGUAAGAAUGCAUAGAUGUCGCGAUAUGUGGUUGGACUUGUACAGGCAUUGCUUUGAUGCAGAUACUAAUACUAUGACUUUCGUAGAGCUGUAUGGUGGUAUGUGUGCUUUAUUCGGUGCUGCUUUACAGUUGUUCGCAAAGCAGCAACCAUUGUCUCCUUUAUUGAUAUCUUCUUCUUCCCACUAUUCGCUAGCGAAUAAGUGUUUACGAACUUCACUCCUAUGGGCCAAAGGAGAAAUUGAAAAGCUAGAUAUUAUAGCUCUGGAAAAGAGGCUAACAAGACAAAAAUUAAAAUUUCUUGUGGAUACUUUUGGUUACUUGUGUGGUCUUCCAAUAUGUAUUCCACGAUUUUUUUUCCAACAACUUAAACAUACACAAAUAAAGCUGAAUGUUUUACCGCAGCCAGGACCAACAGAGACUGCUAUCGGUGUCUCUUCUAACCAAAAAGUACCAAUUUCCAUUGAAGGCGCAAUUGAAUCGUCGCACGCAUCUUCUGUCGAUGCUGUCAUUGUGAAAGCAAUAGCAAAGUUCGCCAAAGGUUCCAGUAAGGACUGUUCACAACUUCAAACUGUAGUGCCGCAGGAAGGGAAAUUCUUCAAUGCUCAAUUUCUUCUUGCAUUUCCGCAGAGUUGUACGAUGGAAUUUUCUGUAAACUUUUUGGAUAAAGAAACGAAACGACUGUGGGAAAGUGGUGUUACAGCAGAAUUGAAAAUUCAUGUCUCAUCUUGA